UCCUCUCUCUCCUCUCUCUCUCUCUCUUCCAGGUCAAUGAGAGCCAGCAACAGCUCCGUCUGAACAACAGAUCCUCUCUUUCUCUCUCUGGUUUUCUCUUAUACCUCCAUCUCUGUGUUUUUUUUUCCUUCCAUACUCGCUCCUCUUCCAUAUGUUGAAAUCCACAGUCAUCUUAUUUUAGAAACACUACCCUCCUCCUCUGCUUCCUCCUCUUCCUUCUCUCUUGCCGUCCUCUCUUUUUGAGUUUUGACUCCCUCUCUUUUUGCAAACACACACACACACUCAGAGGAAAAAUGAAGCGUGGGUCGAGUGUGUUGCAUCCUCCUUCUGUUGCAGCCAAACGACACACACACCCUGCAAACGCACACACACACACCAGUCAUGAGGAUGCUGCUGCUGGCUGCUUGUCCGGUGUACCCGGCACACGUUCUGAACACACACUGGACGUACGCGCCGCUGCAUGUUCCAGUCCCUUCCCAGCAGCCACUUCUCUGUUCAGCCCUGAUGUCAGUACCAAGAUGGCGUCUGACCUCCUCAUCAGACUGUCAGAAGCUACUCAGAAAGCCCAGAUGCAUCCUGGGAGCAGAGCGGAGGCGGAGCCCCAGAGGCAGGAGGCCCGUGGAGGUCAGCAGGACGAACCGGGCCUGGCUCUGUCUCCGGACGGCCCCGGGGCCAGUCCUGAACCCCCGUCCCUGUCGCACACACCGGACAGCACCGUGGCAACAGAUACACUGGCUUCAGAGCUGCUGAGGAAACUGGCAGAGCGUCAGGAGGUCAACAGCCAUGUGGUGAGGGUCAAAGAAGAAGAGGAGCCAAUGGAAGUGGACACACUGGCGCCUUCCAACCUCAUCCAUAACGGGUCGACUGGAGAAAAGAUGGCCCCGUUGUCCCACACUUUGGUGAGCCGUCACCUCUUCAACGUUUCAACAGAUGACAAAAGUACUGGUGGAAGACAGACACCUGAACUGUUCCAGCCUGGAGUCCAGAUGGUGGACCGUCGUCUCCUUGGCCUUAAAAUAGAAGACAAACUUUACGGCUCAACACGGGUCGACGGAGGGGUUUCUGGAGCCAACAGAGGAAACAAGUUUGAUCUGAAAGUAAAAAAGGAGAACAGCUGUGUUACUGGAGCCAAGAUGAUGGAGCACCUUCUGUCUGGAGCCAAGGCUGAGGACCAGUUUGUCUUUACAGUGAACCCGGCUGAGCAGCCUUUCACUGGAGCCAAAAUUAACAACAAGUUUGUGUGUGAAAGUGAGGGUCACAUUGUGUCAGGAGCCCAGACAGAAAAGCAGCUGAAGACAGAGGAACAGCUCUGCUUUGGAACCAAGAUGGAGGAGCAGUUCACCUCUGGAGCCAAGAUGGCCGACCAGUGCCUCAGAGCUGUGCUGUGGCAGGACAUGUCGGUCAACUUAGCCUCAACUCUGCUGCACCAGCUGUCAGAGAGGGUCAGUAAAUCCAACAGCCAGCUGGUGCAGAGGACCAUGACUCCUGUCAGAAGCAGUCCUUUGUUGGGUGUGAAUGUGGACCAGUCUUGCUCCUCCCCACCUUUGAAUUCCCUCACACCUCCACCAGACAGAUGCCUCGAUAUUGAACUGCCAAAUCUUACAGAAUAUGGGGUGGACAUGCUUUCUGGGAGGUCCAUGUCUAAAAAAGAGAUCCAAAGCGGCCUGAGCACAGAUCAAACCACAGGUUGUUCCUACUUCUACAGGUGUCACGUGUGUGGAUUUGAGACUGAGGGGCGUGGCCUCUUCCAGAGUCACAUGACAGAGCACCGCCAAUGGGAGCGCGGGUCCUUCUCGCUGCACUGCUGCACCUGUGACCACCUGACCAAUCAGGAGCCAGAGAUGACGGCUCACAUCGAUACGCACAUCCAGGGGGAUAGAGCCCUUCUGGGAGAGAUGAGAUGCCCUGUCACCCCUCCUGCCACCGUCACUGCCGGCAGUGCUCCUGCAGUUGCCAUGGCAACCCAGCCAGAGAAGAGCACCUCCGAGCAUCGCUGCCGUAUCUGCCAAAGGUCGUUUCCAGGGCAACAGGAGCUGCUGGUUCACUUCCAGGGUCAUCGCCAAGGCAACCAGUACAGAUGCGACCGUUGCGGCCACCUGACGCGGACAGCCAAUAAGCUGGUGGAGCACGUGCGCGUUCACACGGGGGAGCGGCCUUUCACCUGCAGCCUGUGCCCCUACAGCGCCAAGAGACGGGACAGUCUGCGUCUGCACUGCAAGGUCAAACACCCCGCACACGUCCACGGCAACGCCACGGACACGCCCACCGACGUGCACACGCACCGCUCAUACAUGCAUGGAGACAAUCAGCGUGUGCACAAACAUGGGACGGUUCAGCGUCUGCACACAAACACACACACCGCUGCUGCGCCCCCCUCCUCCUCCUCCUCCUCUCUUCCUCUUCUUCAUCCCUCGCUCUGUGACCGGGUCGGAUGGAGGGAUUUGUCUCCUCUUCUUCCCAUUACCACUCUCAUUUCUCUGAAACCACGCUCUCCCUCUACCUCCUCCUCCUCUUCGUCUUUGUCGUCUUCCUCCAAACACUCUUUUCUGGGUUAUCUUGGUUUGACGACAUCUUUCUAAACAUCUUUUUUUUCUUGUCCUCUCCUCUCUUUUCCAUUUGACUCCUCUCUUAUUCCCUUUUCUCUCCUUUUCUCUCUCCUCUCAUUUGACCUCUACUUUCCAGGGAUGCAAACUCUUCACUUUUGGUGAAGGUCAACAUUUUGAAUUUGGUCCUUUCUGUGAGUUGUGUUCAACACAGCUCAAGGCAGGGCAACAUUUCCAAUGUCAUAGCUCUGU